AUGCUGGCUUCUCCCAUGAAUUCAGCAUACCAAAAUGGGGAACGCUUUGAUCAGGUGUCUUUCGUUUCUGAGGAGCAGUGGAGAGGAAGUAGUCGACGAGAUAUUUUGUAUGGGCUGAGGGGAUAUCUCUAUUCGCACGGAGUUCCCCAUAUCUCCCCGUUUUAUGGGGGAAUGGCCUUAGUUUCUUUAUUUGCCAUUGUUUUUGUUGCUACCCAUUGCUCUACCCGUAUUCUUCACAUGGACACGCCUUGGUGGCAUCAACGACGCCGGCUGGCUGAUGAACACCAAGAAGUAGCAAGCAACGGUGGAAAAAGAGGUGACUCACCACCUUGCGAAUGGUUGAAUAACGUUGGAAAGGGCCAAGUGAAUCAGAAGUCGAUUGGGAUCCCAACUCCUAUGGUGGCGCUAAGUGGAUCGAAUACACGCCCAGCGGGUCACGGCGUUAAAGUAAUGUGGGAAACCGCAAACGACGAGGAACUGCAAAGGAUCGCGACGCUGCAGAAGGAAUCAGGCAUUCCCUUGGAUUCAGAGAGUACUUUACUGGGGGAACGUCUUAGCGAGUCAUUGGAACUGCUAAUUGAGAGUGCUUUGACUGAUGUGAGUAGCUUGCGGGUGGAGCCAUGGCUUCUGGACCCUGGCUUGGAAGUGCCUGAAGGCCUACUUCUCGAAGGGGAGGAAGAAGGCGAAGGGCCUCUUCCCCAAGAUUUUUCAGAAGCAGGGACAAGCAAAACCUGGGAUGGCAUGGGUUUUGGAAGUACUGUUUCAGUUUCACCGCCUGCGGCGUUUGGCGAGCCCAGUACAGCCACUAUGCAACAGCUGUCACAGCAGGCAGCUUGUGCCGUUGUAACGGACGUGCAACCGUCUUCAAGCAUCUCAUCUUCACAUGGGCCUCGCAUUGCUGACGCCAUACAAGGCCCAACCAGUAAUGUUUUUGAACCGAGGAACUCUGGCUUACAGGUUUCGUUUGUUGAGGCGGACACGUCAUAUGUGGAAAAACCACAGUCGCGUCUUUUCCCAUCUCUUUAUGCAGCUCUCUCACAAAAGCCCUCUUCUGAAUCUGGGCCAGAUUUAAGCAAGCAUCCUUUCUACAGGACCCCUCAGUUGCUUUCAGGGGUGGUUCCAAGGGACUUCAAUAUGGACUCUGCUCUCGCAGCUGCCAGUCCAUCUUCUCCCCUCCGCACACUUCAGCGGAUCAGUUCAUGGCUUAAUAUGGAGAUGCUUGACUUGACCGGCUCUAAUCUGCUCAUGAAAUGUUUAGAAGACCUCGUCGGUUUUGCGGUGCAUCACUUCAAGAGUACCCUCAAGGUUGUGAGGCCUGUAUUCGGGGUCGAGACACUGGCGCUUUAUCUGCUGAUUGCAGAUUCGUUGUAUGCUGCUAGUUUGGCUUUGGGGGACCCAGCGCAGCGCAAUACUUGGUGGGGAAGAAUUAUGUCUGCCCUUCCUACCAACAUUGUCUUAGGUUCGCACCCACAUCCGCGUAGGGCAAGCAGAGAUCUUCUCUCCCUCGCGGGAAGGAUUAAAAACGCGUUGGACAUAUUCCGGUCAGGCUGUCGUCCCUCCCCGAUUGUGUUGGUUCCUUUAAAACAGGAUAUCUUAUGCAGUGGCAUGCUACGCAAGUUUCAGCGGGGCAGGUGGAAGAUCUUUAAGACUGACGAUGACAAGUGGAGAGUUUAUACGCAGAAGUAUUCGUGA